AUGGAUAUCAAUGUCACUUAUCCAGCUUACGACAUGAUGGAUAUCAACGAUAAAGCCUCUGUCGAUGAUUCAAUUGACUUUGAUGGUUUCUUGGCUGCUGCCACUAACAACGUUGAGGCCGAUGAAGAGGAUGCUUCUCCUAUGGAAGCCAAUUCCAGCAAUGUUGAGGUGAAGUACACCUCUGAGAAUGGUCCUGGAUUCACAUGUGUCCGAAACCAAGGAAUGGCCCAAGCUGAACCAGAGCAGACCAACAUUGAGUACAACCAGUUUGUACCAAUGUACACUCCCAACAGCAGUGCUGAGGCCGUUAGUCUGGAGUUGUUCUCCUUGUUUUUUGAGAACAGUGUUUCUCGUGAAAUCUACAAUCAGUCUGUCAAGAUCGUAAACGAGUACAUGACAGAACGUGGAUCCUCUAAAACGGAUUCACUUCUGUCAUAUUACAAGGUGGAUACCUUGCUCAAGCAAGAAUACACAGUCAAGGCACAGGUGUAUGACAUGUGUGCCAGUAGGUGCUUUCGUUUCCCUGAUGUUGAGCCUGGAAACUCAAUCGUUGAGAAUGAGACAUACCAGGCAGUGCCUCUCUCAGAGCAAUUACACUUCAAGUUGGCUCACCCUGAAGAACAGGCAAAGAUCGCCUAUGGCAUGGAGGAUAUCCUUGAUGGAGAUGGCAUCCAUAGACUGCUCGCAGGUGGGAUUUUUGGCCAGGGUGACAUGGUGGUGUCUAUGUUUGUUGACCAGUUCAACCCCUUCAAGGACGCCGCCAUGUCAGCUAGCAUCAUUCAUGUUAUUAACAUGAAUAUCAACCCUGCCGAAAGCAUUGCCAAGACCAUGUGCUUCCUGGAGAGCGAGGGUCCUGCCCCCAUGAGGGAUGUAGGGAGUAUUUGCAGAGCUGAAGGAAGUAGACCUGGUGGUGGGAGAUACAAUGCCUUUGCAGAGUUACUCACACUCACCAGUUCUGCUUUCUUUGGCCAGGACGAGAUGCACCUGAUAGGUCAUGGAACAGGGCACCAGCUCUAUCAAGCCCUUGGUGGCAAAUUCUGCUCUGGGACUGCAGGCCUGGGCAGAAAAUCCCAUGGAAUGCACCUCCAAGAACGCCUGCAACGACUUGAGUACCCCUUUGCCCUGGAUGUUAGCCUAGAUGACAUCGAAAAAGCAGUCAGCACAUCCAGGGCAGAUAUACUGACGGCAUUUAUUGGUACGUGGAGGUCGAUGAAGGAAUCGAACGGCAAGAGGAAGGCCGUUGAUUGGAUGGACUUCCUCUUGUUUGUUGUACCAACCGUGGUAAUCGACCACCUCUGCUUUGCAGAUGCAAAGCAGGCCUUUUAUAGGGCAAUUGGCCGCUGGCACUCCUUCCUGAGGUGCAAGAUUUCAGACGGUAAGCUGAAAUCCAACAUAUUCGUGAUGAACCAGCACAUGCUGGUUCAUCUUGGUUUCAUGUUGCAGGAAAUGGGCCCUUUGCAGGCUUACAGCUGCCAUCCAAUAGAACGCACAAUCAGUGCCUAUACCUCUGCGAUCAAGUCCAGAAAGGAGCCCGGAAAAAACAUGGAAAAUGUUCUUUUCUGGAUGGCGGCCAUCAGCCACUGCUGCGGCAACCGUCCAGCCAGGACUGGACCAGCUGACAGAAGGACCAGCAACAUUGAGGUUGCAAGUGAUGAUGUUGCUGGUCCUCAGCUGUGGUCCAGUCCAACCAGGUAUAGCAUGGCCGAGUUGGCUAGCACCAUUGGCAUGGAAUGGGAGAACCUCAUCCAACAGUUGUUGCCUUUCUGGGCAGGAGAAGGAGUUUCCUCCUUCGAGGAACAAGACUCAGUGGUUUGCACCACGAAGAUGUGGAAAGACUUGGUGGUUUACAGAGUCUGGUCCUCCUUUGACAGUAGACAUGUUCGAGCUAACAAUCUUGUUAUGCUCAAACAUAUGUGGGAUUAUGGAUUUGUCUGCAAAUUCUUUUCCCACACUGUCAAAGGAGUGACCAGGCUCUUUGCAACCACCGAGAGUCUUUCCGAUGUCAGGCCCUUUCCAGACAUGCUCUUCCCUGUGUCGAGCAACUGCUCGCAGAGCGAAAUGAGGAUAGUGGAUGUGAAGUCCUUCAAGGGGAUGGCUGGCUUCGUCCACGAUACUAAGGACGGGGCCAUUAGACAUAUCGUCUGGCCCUCGCCGACCCACAACCAGUAG